AUGCAGGAUAAUAAGGAUGUAUGCAGCACCACCCAGAACAUGGAGAAAGAAGAGCUAAACACACGUUUAGAUGCAAGUUCAAGAGUGAAUAGUGAAGAGGUGUUUUUGAGAGUGUAUGAUCUGUCCAAAGGCAUGGCCAAGAUACUCUCUCUACAGAUUCUUGGUUUUCAGGUUGAUGGGGUGUGGCACACAUCCAUAGAAGCGUAUGGAAACGAGUACUUCUUCCACGGAGGACUUGUAGUUCAAAAGGCAGGGACAACGAUGUUCAAUCCUUGUAUUGAACGGGUUUCGCUUGGUAGUACAAGCUGUUCCCAAGACGUUCUUGAAGAUUUCUUCAGGAGUUGCGAAUCAAACUGGAAUGAAAAUACAUACGACUUUUUUGAUAAUAACUGCAACAAUUUUACUAACUGGCUGGCAAAUUUUCUGGUGGGCAAGGACAUUCCCAGUUAUAUUCUUGACCUCCCAAAAAAGGUCAAAGGCUGUGAAAAUUUCAGGAGAUUUUUUGAUAUUUAA